AUGGGGAACAAAACAUCCGUGAUCGCGCACAGGAAGUUUGCGUGCGGCGAGGCGCUGUUCGAACGGUAUUACAAGGCGCAGGGGCUCGGGAAUGACUUUGAGGAUUUCAUGAAAGCACUGAAGACGCCGUUACCGGUGACGUUUCGCACGCAUGGCGCGAGAGACGAAGCGUUAGAGGUGAGACAUGCGUUAUUGAACACCGAGGAGGCGAUGGAGGCGUUCGAGGGCGCGUACGUAAUCGCGAAUCCGUCGGGAGAGACGCGACGUGGGCGACCAGUCGUUCCGGAACGGGCGAGAGAAGUGAUGGAGACGGCGACGAAAGAAGGGUUAGGGGCGAGGCAGGAGAUCGUGAGCAUGUUACCGGUGAUGGCACUCGAUCCGCCGUCGGGCGCCAGGGUGCUCGACGUGUGUGCGUCGCCAGGUCAGAAGACGAUGCAGUUGCUCGAGCGCGUUCGUUAUGGAGCAAGCGGCACGCGCGGGGUCGUACACGCGAACGACGCGCAUCCAGGACGGGUAAAGACGCUGCUCCAGGCUAUCGAUAGGCAUUGCCGGAUCGCGCGUGAGCGCGAGGGAUUAUUCGCGUCGCGCGCUUUCGGGCAGGAUUUACACUUUCCGUUAUUCGCCGAAAGCGGCGAUUUGAAGCGUGAGCGGCGGCGCAUAACAGCGCUGAGCGACGGAUGCGAGCGAAUGGACGCGCUUCUAGAGCUCGGUGGGUACACGCACGUGUUAGCGGACGUACCAUGCAGCGGUGACGGCACGAUACGGAAGGAUGCUGAUUGUUUGGUUCGAUGGCAUCCGGGCAUCGGCAACAUGUUGCAUCAGACACAACUCGCCAUCGCACGCAGAUGUGCACGUCUACUCAAGCCGGGAGGUGUUAUGGUAUACUCCACGUGUACAUUUAAUCCGGUAGAAGAUGAGGCUGUUGUCGCGUCGUUGUUGCUUGACGAUGAGCUUUCGCUCGAGCUGCAAGAAUUGGACGGCUUGCCUGUCGAGGGCAGACCCGGUUUGUACGCGUGGCGCGUGGGCGAGCACGUCAACGCCUCCGGCGAUGAUGACGGCGACGUCUCCAUCAAGUGGUUCGAAACGUUUGACGAGGCAAACGUAAACGGUAGUGGAGAUUUUAUGACGACGAUGUGGCCGCCGGGACCGAAGUUCGCGCGCGAACUGAGACUUGAAAGGUGUGAGCGCUUUUUUCCACAAGACGGAGCGAAGAACACCGGUGGAUUUUUUGUGGCCAAGAUCAGGAAGAAAGACGACAAAGUAACGCGAGAUGCAUUUUGCGCGAUUGUUGAGAGUGAGUUAGCAACGAGAUGCGAUGGUCAAGGCGCGACUACGUCGAAAAAGGUGAAGAAGUCCUCUGUGGAGGAUGUGGACGCCGCGAUCGAUCGGCUGGUUCCCGCGCACCGCGUGUCCAAGGAACUUGUGGGAGCUCUUCGCGAGAAGUUUUGUGGAGAUAAAGUGUUCUUAUCCAUCGACCCGGUACGUCGAAAAGUUUACAUCGGUAGCGCCACCUCGAGCGCUUUCUUGGACAAAUCGUGCGGCGAGAGUGUUCGCUUGGCGAGCGCGGGCGUGUUGCUUUUCGAGCCGUCUGAGGAUGAUAAGGCGAUAGAAUACGAUGUAGAUUGGAACGCGCGAGCGAUUGAUGAUUUGUGCGUCACAACCGAUGGUGUCAAUGCGCUGUGCGCGUCGGUCGGGUCGAAACUACCGUCGAAUUGGUGGACCUGUCUUCCCACGGAGAUCGAUGCGCUGCUCGCGAUGCGAGGCGAAGCGAUUGACUUGGAAGACCUCUCGGAGCAAACGCAGCGGCAGACCUCGAAAUACGACGCUCGAUGUACGGUGAUUUUGUGUUUGAAGAAAAAGUCAGGCGAAGUCGUGUUCGCGAUGCCAGGCACGUUCGAUGGAAACUCUCUCAAAUUGGCAGAAAACGCCGUGAAGGACGUAAGCACGCUUGCAACCGAACUUCGACGCGUCGCGAAAAUUAGGAAAUGA